AUGGGUCGAAAGAACGACAUUGGUAAUGCCACUUCACUCGUCGAUCAGUAUCGAAAACAAUUAGGUCGACAAGAAAAAAGAGUUGUCAAUGAACGUCGUCGAGAAAUAAAACGGUUAAAAUCGGAACAAGAAACUAUUUCUUAUUGGAAGAACAUUAUUUGGACACUUGGUGCCGUGCUAUUUUUGAUUUUUAUCAUUUACAUUUCAUUUAUGUACUGUUUAACUCCGAAAGAUUCGUUAUAA